AUGUCCCGUGUCUGUCCUGGUCUGUCCCGGGUCUGUCCUCGGCUCAAUCCAAUCCUCAGCGACCUCCACAACAAACAGCGGCUCUUCUGCCUCCACGUAUCCGCCUGGCGCGCGUCGAUCCAGGGGUGGGGAGAAGCGGUUGUCUCUGGAUGCGUGUCUUCCUCCGUCCUCCGCGCGACACCGACUGGCUCGUGUCGUGAACGAGCGUACACCGCCAAGGCUCGCUCCCGCGGCCCGUCGUGCGCGCGCUCCGCAGUGUCCUAUCCCAGUGCGCGCGAGAGAGAAGAGCCGGUCGUCCCUGGCAACGCAGUCUCCCUGACCUCAAUAUGCGGCUGCUUUGAUGUUCAGGCUCAGGAUGGGACGGUUUAG